AUGGCGUCUGAUGUGGCUGCCCUCGAGGCAGAAGUCAAAGAGUUCAAGUUACAGCUGGAAACUGUGCAAUCCAGCUUGCAGGUAGACCCCGAUAAUGCGGAGCUUCAAAGCCUAAAGGCUGAAUUAGAAGAAUUCAUCAACCUCACCGAGGCCUCUAUUGCCGAACUGAAACCACCCGCAACCCCUACCGUUUCCAAAUCACCACAACCGCCAGCCAAAGAAAAAUGGUCGAAAGAAAACCACCCGGCAUAUCAAGCCGGUUACCGCAAGUCCACCGCAGAUUCCGCCCCGGCCGAUGAGCACACACCCGUGUCGUUCUCAGUCAAUGACAAUGUGCUCGCUCGUUGGGUGUCUGGCGAUGGUGCCUAUUAUCCAGCACGCAUUACUUCAAUCACGGGAUCAUCCAGUAAACCCGUUUAUAUAGUCUCCUUCAAGUCGUACGCGACAACGGAGACUUUGACGGCGAGAGACAUCAAGCCCAUCUCAAAUAGUGCUGAUUCACGUAAACGCAAAGCUGAUGGAGCCCCAGGAACAUCAUCUCAGGCUGUCCCACCCAGCACCAGUGUCAUUUCUGCGGCUGCUGAUAUCAACCCCACCCUCGCCAACCAAGCUCGCAAAGAGCCCAGCAAAGUGAGCGAUGGGCCUCCACGGCCGGCUAAAGUGCCACGCAAGGUGAAGGCCAAUAAGGAGCUUGAAGCUGGUAAAUCCAAAUGGCAGGACUUCUCAAGCAAGUCCAAAUUUGGCAAAUCUAGCAAAAAGGAGAGCAUGUUCCGUACCCCGGAGGGUGUCAAUGCAAGAGUCGGAUUCACUGGCUCCGGACAAGCGAUGCGCAAGGACCCAACGCGGAGUCGACAUAUUCACCAGCAGGCCGACGAAGAGGGUUAUUAA